CUUGUGAGGUGUGGCGGGCAUCUCUGUCUCUCUUUCGUUGCUUUCAGGCGAUUUGACAGCUAGCCCGUCUGUCCAUAAUAUCUGCCUUGCAUCUAUCUUUACUCGGAGUUUAGUUAUUUCUCUUCUGCCGAUCUUUCGGAGCAGCUCUCUCAAAAUCGCCGGUCCCUCCUCAGCGGAGGAGAAGCCGUGAUAACGCCCCCGACAAUGGCUUUCUGGCCAGGUUCUGCCAUGAGGGCAGCCCGUACCUCCGUUGUGCGAUGUUCCUACGGUAUUGAAAAUAGCCAUGCGGCUCCUGUCGCUCGCCAGUUAGCAAAUCGAUGCCAGGUCCGCCCAUCAUCGAGCUCGACUUCAGCGCUCGCCUACAAGGCACUCCAUCGUCGGUCUCCACUUCCGCUUCCGGUUGCUGAAAAUUCACCAACCUGGUCUGCUCCGGCGGCCGUCUCGUCUAUUCUUUAUGAGACUCCCGUUCCAUCCACAAAGCCCCCGAAGCGACAUGUGCUCAAUUGUUUGGUGCAGAACGAGCCCGGUGUGCUCUCUCGGAUAUCUGGCAUUCUUGCCGCUCGUGGCUUCAACAUUGACAGUUUGGUUGUGUGCAAUACAGAGGUGGAAGAUCUAUCUCGCAUGACUAUCGUUUUGCGCGGUCUGGAUGGCGUCGUCGAGCAAGCCCGGCGCCAAUUAGAUGAUCUCGUGCCUGUCUGGGCUGUUUUGGACUAUACUGAAGCCGCUUUGGUCCAACGGGAACUCCUUCUGGCCAAAGUUAGCAUCUUAGGCCCCGAAUUUUUCGAAGAACUCUUGCAGCACCACAGGGAAAUGACAUCAACCGAAGGAGCUAUGCCACUAGAAUCCGAGAGUGCCUCCAAUGCGGAGGGCUCAGCGGAUAAAGAUGCUCAGAGGCGUGAAGUGGAAAAAGUUAAUGGCAAUCUCUCAAGGGCCGCAGACUACCACCCCAAUAGCCUUGCUGCCAGUGAAGCAUUGAGACACAAACACGAACAUCUCGAAGCAAUCACGCAUUUGACUCACCAGUUUGGAGGAAAGGUCUUGGAUAUCAGCAGUAACAACUGCAUUGUUGAACUCUCUGCAAAACCUUUCCGCAUCGAUUCGUUCUUGAAACUUAUUGCUCCAUUUGGCAUCCUCGAGUCCACCCGCACAGGUCUCAUGGCCCUGCCACGUUCUCCAAUCGGCCCAACGGCAGAGGAGAUGGAGAAGGAGGCAGCCGAGGUUGUUGACGCCAGCACUCUUCCCCCAGGCUAAUGUGCAACUUCUGUAACCUACUAGCUCUCCCAAUUAUUAUGCUCUUUGCCAGUGAUUGUGGGUUACUUAUAUCUCCCUUGGUGUAUUUUCAUCUACAUUGUCAGGAUAAAUAAGUGUAUGAAAACACUCUCUUUUGCAGGUGGAGUAGCAGUUGAAAGCAUGUUUGGACCAGCGAAAUAACUAUGUUGUUCAAUGCUGAUUAAUUAUCUAAAAUAUUCUUACUCGCAAGAGGAAAUUCAAGCAGAAAUUCAAACUACAUUGUUGAAAUCGGUUUG